AAUAUUAAUCAGCGACCACGAUCAGAUAAACAUCUCCGAGGGCAGAACAGCAUCAACUCUACGAACGAGUCCCCUCUUCGCAUCUACAGAAUCAAAUCGAAUAUCCGAAACAGCAUACGCAACCCCUCAUCGCAUCAAGUAGAGCUCGUCGGUUGAGCGUGCGAAUUUACCCCACCAUUUACACACACCACCAAAACACCCACCUCACAGCCUACCAUGUCGAAAAUCCUCGAAGUCACCUCCGAAGAUGAGUUCAACACGCACGUCACGACUCUCGACCCAACGACCCUCCUGGUCCUCUCCUUCCAUACCCCCUGGGCCGCACCAUGCGCGCAGAUGAACACCGUGCUCGCGACCCUCGCAGCGUCUUACCCCGCCACCACCCCACCACGCACCCUCUGGCUCUCCGUCAACGCUGAGGAACUCCCUGACGUGAGCGACGCAUACGACGUGACCGCUGUGCCAUUCUUGGUGCUCGCACGCGCAGGCGCAACACUCGAGACCGUAUCGGGGAGCGAUGCGGGGAAGGUGCGUGCGGCAAUUGAGCGACACGCUGCUGGUGGGGAGGGCAAGGCUGAGGAUGUGGUGAUACCACCAAAGCAAGAUGUCACUUAUCGUGAUACUACGGGGCCAGCACCACGGGUUGAUGCGGCAGGUGUUGCAGGCGGAGAGAAGGAUGCGGAUGCGAAUGGGACGGCUGUUGCGUCGGGAGAGGGGAAGGAGGACCUGAAUAAGAGGCUGGGGGAGCUGGUGAAGGCGGCGCCGGUUAUGUUGUUCAUGAAGGGGACGCCAAGCGCGCCACAGUGCGGAUUCAGUCGGCAGUUGGUUGCGCUGCUGAGAGAGAACUCGGUGCGAUAUGGGUUCUUCAAUAUCUUGGCGGAUGAUGAGGUGAGGCAGGGCUUGAAGGAGUUUGCGGACUGGCCGACGUUCCCACAGUUGUGGGUUGGGGGAGAGCUGGUGGGUGGGUUGGAUAUUAUCAAGGAAGAGAUUGCAAACGACCCGGAUUUCUUGAAGGAGUACGCGGUCGUCAAGGCCUGAAUAGGGAGUAUGGGAUGAUGAUAGUAGACACAACUUCACGGUUAUUUGAUUGAGGAGAAUCAACUCGGCGGUCGUGACUGGCGGCUUCGCGGUGGGAUAGGCCUAGCAGCUCGACAUUUACAAUGCAGAUAGACUGCGAUUGCAUGUAGUAUGCAAUGAUUUUAUGAUAUCAAACCCUGCGAUCAGAUACC